UUUGAGUGGAUACACGACUAGUAGCUAGCUUAAAAAAUAUAUAAAGCUGUUUUCUUCUUCUUCUUCACUUUCUCCUUUUCACGUUUUUUCUUUUUAUUAAUAAACCAAAUUAAACCCCAAACACUCAAUCAAACCGUAGAAGAUUAAUCAAACAAACACUUGUUUUUCUCUUCAUGGGUUACGCAAAGCGGCAACGCGAACACAACAAUGCCGCGUGGUUGUUAGUGCUGUUGUUGUUAUGUUUCUCGAACCAAGUUGUUGAAGCAGAACAACACAAAAAUGCUUAUGCUACUAUGAUGUAUGUGGGUACACCAAGAGACUACGAAUUCUACAUCGCAAUACGAGUUCUUUUCAAAUCACUUGCUCUUCUCAAUGUUGAAGCUGAUCUUGUUGUUAUUGCGUCUCUUGAUGUUCCUCUUCGAUGGAUUCGAGCUCUAGAAAAAGAAGAUGGUGUGAAAGUAGUAAGAGUGGAAAAUAUGGAUAAUCCUUACAAGCAUCAAGAUAAUUUUGACAAGAGAUUUAAAUUAUCGUUGAAUAAACUCUAUGCGUGGAGCUUAGUGGACUAUGACAGGGUAGUCAUGUUAGAUGCUGACAACCUCUUCAUUCAAAAUACCGACGAGUUGUUUCAAUGUGGACAGUUUUGUGCUGUCUUUAUCAAUCCUUGUGUUUUUCAUACCGGUCUCUUUGUCUUGCAGCCAUCAACGACGGUGUUCAAGGACAUGGUUCAUGAACUACAAAAUGGGAGAGAAAAUCCAGAUGGUGCGGAUCAGGGUUUCAUAGCUAGCUACUUCCCGGACUUGCUUGAUAAGCCAUUGUUUCAUCCACCUCCAAAUGGCACCAAACUUGAUGGAACAUAUAGACUUCCUUUAGGCUAUCAAAUGGAUGCUUCUUAUUACUAUCUCAAACUUUAUUGGAGCGUACCUUGUGGACCAAAUAGUGUGAUUACAUUCCCCGGGGCACCAUGGUUGAAGCCAUGGUAUUGGUGGGCUUGGCCUGUUCUGCCAUUAGGCCUCCAGUGGCAUGAAAAGCGUCGUCAAACUUUGGGGUAUGGUACAGAGAUGGCUGUGAUAUUUAUUCAAUCUGCAAUAUAUCUUGGAAUAAUAGCGAUGACGCGUUUAGCAAGGCCAAGCCUCUCAAAACUAUGCUACCGUCGUUCCGAUAAGAGCAUCACAUUGGUACAAAACAUCCUCAAAUUAGUAGCACUAUGGAGUAUCCUUGCUGCUUACAUAACACCCUUCUUCAUCAUUCCUCCAACAAUUCACCCUAUGCUAGGCUGGCCUUUGUAUUUUCUCGGCUCUUUAGCUCUAUGCUUGGUUGCAAUCAACGCGUUUCUUCUUCCAAUGUUCCCAGUUCUGAUGCCUUGGUUCGGUAUCAUUGGAGUUUUAAUCGUCAUGGCGUUUCCUUGGUAUUCGGAUGGAGUAGUAAGAGCUUUAUGUGUGUUUGGCUAUGCAUUCUGUGCCGCGCCAGUUUUGUGGACAUCGAUAACAAGGAUAAUGGCUGGACUUCAGGUUUCUUUAGAAAGGGAAGGUUUUAUGCCUAGAUUAGGUGAAUCAUCACCACCUUCUUGGUUUAACAAGCUAUAUUGAGGUUUCUAAUUGGGCAUGAAAACAUUGGCAGGAACAAAAGAAGGUGCUAUUGUGUAUAUAUAAGAUUGUUUUGCAGUUAGUUAUAUAGGUGUAUGGUGUGCCUGAUUUGUUCCUGUAUUAAACAUUGUAAGCCUGUUGGGCAGUGACAUAGGAGGAUAGAAAUAGGUAUCAUUGGAUAUUCAAAAAACUCUAAAUCUUCUUUUUUACUAGAAAAGGUCAGGCUUAUUUUAUU